CCUGGCGAGCCUCCAAAUUACCACACGUAUGAGCCCCGAGUUCGAGUAACGGCCUAACCCCUGUAAUAGCAGCAUCGUGUCAGUGCUAUUAGUGACGUCUAUCGACGUUGUGACUGUCGCGGUUAACGGGCGGCGAAGAACAAGCAAAAAAAAGGGGGGAAGAAAAAAGUGAUCGGGGUGCACGCAGAAAGCGUGAAAAAUGUAAACGGCUCUUGGUCGAGGCGAUUUAUCGAUAGAGGAACGUUUCGGGUUCGUUAAAUCCGGGCGCGGUGAUCGAUCAUCGUGUUCAUCGAUUGCUCGUCCGCUGCGGUUCGUCUGAUAUGAAAUUGCCGGGCCCAUCUCUGCCCGGUAUGGAAGGUGCGUUUCCACAAGCCGUGCGCGACCGUUCUUAACGACGUGCCAGAUAAAUUUAAUCGUGACCGCUUGCUGCAUUUGGGUUAACAUCGAUCAAGUUCUCUAGAGCCGGCUUUCUAGCUUUUAGAGUCGAGAAGGGCUCGAUUGUUAGAUCGCCGCGUGUGACACUCGCAACGAGAUAUGCCCUGCAUCGGAAAUCUUUCAUCGAGAUUUUCGGUUCACAGCAAUUCAAAUUUCCCGCGUCCCGUUGAUGGUGGUAUGAAGUUCUAAAAUGCACCAUAUGUAUUCUUCGAAGAAAGGUGAUCCCCUCUGCCCCCUUGGCUUUCACCCUCAAGUAAGAUGGCCGACUCGUUGCAAAAGAUGUUUCAGGGAUUACAAGGAACACGGGGGUAAAAGGGACGGUUUAAGGGAUAUUACGUCGUCGACACCUAGUCUUUCAUUCGAGCAAUCAUCAGGCCGUUCAUCGGAAAAUGGAAAAAGAGUUUGGUCGUCCGCAACAAAUUUGGCUAAAGAUGAUUUCAAAAACAAUGUGGAACCGCCGACCGCAGCAGCCGGUUGGACGUCGCUUAUGGAUCUUUCCGCUAUCGAUAAAGAGGAAGAAAGGAAAGAAGCCAGAAAACCAUCGAAACUACAAAUCAAGGAAGUCAUAGAUAACAGUAACGAGAGCGCAUCCGAAAAUGACGUCGAAUACAUAAUUCAGGUGAAGAAAUCACGGACUCCGAAGAAUGUUACGCAAAAUGAUGACCAUCAGAUUAAUAAGGAACAAAGCGAAUUAGAGAGGCUAAAGUCACAAGUGAAAGAAUUACAAGCGCGAUGCGAGAAAGCGGAGAAAGAAAAGAGCGAGAUCCUAAUGAGACGUUUAUCCACCAUGGAAACAAUGUCAAAAACUUCACCGAAUGAAAUACAAAAGUUGCAAAAGAAAAAUGAAGCUCUGAUGCAAGAAAAAAGCAAUCUGAUGACGAAAAUAAGAGAUCUAGAGAAAGAAGUGCAUACGAAACCAUUUAGGGGCGAAAGGGACAGAGAGAAAGAUGAACUCCGUUCAAAAUUGAAAGCAGCUGAAAAUCUGUGCGAGUCUUUGAUGGACGAGAACGAAGACAUGAAGAAAGAAAUCCGACAAUUAGAAGAAGAAAUCUACGAGCUGCAGGACACUUUCAGGGAUGAGCAAGCGGACGAGUACGUCCGUCUGCGAAAAAGUUUGGAACAGUCGAAUAAAAAUUGUCGAAUUUUAUCGUUCAAGCUGAGGAAGGUCGAGCGUAAGGUUGAGGAGUUGGAGACCGAAAACUCGACACUGGAAUCGAAGUACGAUGAGGUGAAAAAAGUCGAGGAUACCUUGCAGAAGAUUAAAAGCGAGUUCCAAAAUAAGCCUCAGAAGAAGGUGACCGAAUUUACGACCAAAGUGCAACUGAAGAAGAUGGUGGAAGAAAUGGAGAAAGAAAUAGGAGACAUGAUGACUGUUUUUACAAAUAUUUCCGAGGGCAGAGACGUGGACAUUCAAGAGUUUAAAUCUAAAGAUCAAGCCAAGUAUUCUGAACUUUUAAAGGAGCACGAACUUCUGAAGGAAAAACUCGAUGUCAUGACGAAGGAACUGUUUCAUGAGAAAGAGAAGAAGAAAACACAACCGAUUGCUAAGGCGGACGAUAAAAACCCAGAUCUACAGAAUAUGAAAAAGAAAUUGGACGAAGCUGUGUCACUGAGGGAAGUUGAAAGAAAAGCAUGGGAGGAGGAGAAGUCAGCCUUGUCCGAGGAGAAAGAAAAACUGAAGUCGAAACUUCUGUCGCUUUCCGCAGAAAAGCUGAAAGUGUACAACGAAGUUGUUCAAUUGAAAAAAGAUUUAGAAACGGCUAAGUCUUCGGAGAAGGAUGGAGCGAAAUUGGAGAAAACGAUAAAUGACAUGAAGAAAGAAUUGACACAAGAGCGUGAAAAGAGUAAAAAAUUGCAGGACGAUUUAUCUGCGUACACGGAGAAGGAAUCAAAAAUGACGCAGUCGAUGUCUACGGUUGAACAAACAAAAACCAAGCUGGAUGCUGAAGUAAAGCGACUGAAAAAAGAACUAGAGAACACAAAAUCCUCAAAUUCCACGAAGAUAAACAAUUUAACGGCCGAGCUUUCACAAGCGAAGAAAGAGAAGGAAAAGCUGCAGCGUGAUAUUGAACAAGAGAAACAAACAAGGGACAGUGAAGUGACGGAGCUAAAGAAGAAGAUCGGUUCGUUAGAGAAGACUGGGCAAAACACGAAGAAAAUGAAUGAGAUGAAACAGACGUAUAAUGAACAGAUUUUAAUAACUUAUAUUUCAGAUCUGGAAAACAAGCUGAAGAGAGGUGAGCAGGAGUACACCAACCUUAGCGAUAAGUGUAAUGGGCUCGAGAAUUUGAACAGACAGUUUGAAGCGGACAACGAGUCCUUAAAUAAUAAGCUGCGAGAACAAAACGCAGAACUAAUUGGUAUUCGCAAGGAAUUGGAAGCACUACGGCAAUCCGUGAAAUUGAAAGAAAGCGAAUGGAAGUCUGAAAAAGGCAUAUUAGAAAAUCGAAUAAAAGAAAGUGAAUUGCCAAACAAGGCUUUAAUAACAGAUCUAAAUAAUGACAUUAGCAAUUUGAAGAAAGAGAACAAUACUUUAGUAACGCGAUUAGAAGAUUUGAGAAAAGCGAAUGAUGAUAUGGCAGACAAGUUAAAGGAUUACGAAGCUGUCUCGAAGAUUCAUCAAGCAUUAACUCCAGACACCACUGCCUUUGAAUCUGAGAUACGGAAAUUGAAGAACGCUCUGGAGAACAUGGAGAAAGCAAAGAAAGCGGAUCUCGCCCAAUGCAAAAUGCGAUACGAGCACAGAAUCACCGCUAUUAAUGACGAAAUCCAUACUAUUCAGAAUCAACUAUCCCGAUAUAAACGCGAACGCGAUACUUAUAAACACAUGCUCGAAGGCGCUCAGAAGACUAUCGCAGAUUUGAAAUCUAGCAGAAGUAGACAUUCGAACGCGUCUUCAGGAAAGUCUGACGAGGAAGAAGAAGUAUCCGGUACCAACAAACUAGUUUUCGAAAGGCAAAUCAAUAGCUUAGAAGAUGAACUUUCUGAAGCAAGACUGGAAACAUCCAGGCUGAAAGCUGAAUUGGUAUCUGAAAAAUCAGCCAGUCAUGUUAAAGUGUCUGAACUUCAGUCGCGAAUUAACGAGUUAGAGGAAGAAAGAAUGCUCACGAGUGGCAGGACGAAGAUUCCAGGUUUAAAAGUUCGUAUGGAGUUAGCAUGGCAAAAAGAGAGAGAAGAGCACCAAAGGCUUUUACAAGAAACAGCUACGUUGGCGAGAGACUUACGGCAAACCUUGUUUGAAAUCGAAAGAGAACGUUCUAAAGAACGUUUGGAAAAUAAGAGACGGCAAGAUCAAUUAAAGAAGGUGUACGACGAAGAGAAAGAAGAGAGUAGGAAGAAAUUACUGGAAUUGCAAUGUGAUUUGCUCGAGUUGAGGGAUGCUCACGCAAAAUUAAGAACCAGCAAUGAAAAAAUGAGACGUGAGAAGGAACGCCACGAAAAGGAACGUGAAGAGCUCAAAGAUGUAAUCAUGAAAAAAUCUAAGCAGGAGCAAAGUGAAUUACGAAACAUCAAUGUACUAUUACAACAAGUAAACGAUUUAACAAAACUUUUCCCUGAAUUAAAUGGUAUAGCUGAAAACGGUACUCCAAUUACAUACACGCCCACUCCACCUAGGCGAUUAAAGGGACCAAAAUCGAGAGAAUCGUCGCCAUUGUUGGAUUCGAAAGGCGAUGUAAGAGGGUCAAAUCCACAAUUCGGUGAAAGGUCUGACAAGUUGGAAUACACUAUUAAGAAAUUAAUGGACGUAGCUAGAGAACUAAAGGAUUCUAAGAAAACUGCAGAUGAGGCAAAUGUGACGCGAAUGAAAAAACUUGGUAAAAGAUCAACAUCUGUGGAAAGCGAUCCAGGAAAGGGUAUAACAACGUCCCGUUCCAAACCACGUUUGCAGAGGAAAAGCUUAUCUUUAGAACAAACAUCGGCUCGAAACGAAGAGUCGCGUAUAUGGGGUACCGACAGCAACUUGUCCAGUUUGCAAUCGCUAGAGAGUUCAGACAUUGAAGGAGGUACAAUGAGUUUGCAAAGAGAUUCAAGUGUGGAUAGUCGCCUUUCAACUGGCUCCACAAAAAGUGAGAUGUUGGAACGAGAUAAGAAACACAGUAAAGGUUUAAUGAAGAAACUCACAAGUAAAUUGACUAAAUCAGCCAGUGUAGAUGAUCCGAAUGUUUCUAUGGAUCUAUCCUUUCAGACAUCAGGGUCUGAAACGAGUAUCAACGACAAGACUGAAAAGAAAAAUUUGAAGAAAAAAUUAACGGACAUGUUUAAAAGAGGUUCUAGAAGCAGCAGUGUCGAGAAAAAACUUAACUCCACAAAUCACAGCAGACCACCUUCAAGGAACUCUACAACAUCGAACAAGUAGCCGUACAACAUCUUUGUACAAGUGCUUGCAACAGCAAUGAACGACAAUUAUUACAAAGAAAAUAAAAAUUGCUCAAUUUCACAUAUUAGAGCAUAUAUAAAAAAACAUACACAUAUAUAAUUAUAUAUAUAAUUAUACAUAUAUAAUAAUACAUAUAAUUGUAUAUGUAUAAUAUACAUAUUUUCUUGUACAUAUCGGAUAUGCCUUUACUGAUUGUAAUUACAAACUUGUAUUUGUAAUUACAGGAGCAUUUUCAAAUUAUUCAUUGGAUGUAAACACAAUACUGCAAAUAAGAAAGAAACAUACAAUAAAGGAAUAAUGCGCCUAUUAUUAUUACAAUAUU